AUCCCAGGCCAAUCAGGAAACUGAGUGGGAGGGAAACUGAAAGAUUCACAGUCUCCUGCCUUUAAACAUAUACCCUCACUUUGCUGUUUUUUCAUAUGCUGCUUGUGAAAGUGUGUUCCUGGUAAUGCAUACUAACAGAGAUUUCAAGAGCACAUUUUCGGGUUUCCACACAUGUGGAUAAAGGAACUGACAUUGACUGCUGGCUCCUCCACUUUGGUUUGAUUGAGUAUACCCAAGGGACAAGUUGAGAGGAAGAACAACAGCAGAUUAGAGGACAAACAGAAAAGAGGAAAAGAAAGGGACUUACAAAAAGAUCCCCUGGAUAAACACACGAGUGGAGUACAAGGGACUUAAAAGGAGAGAAGGGGAAGAAACAUUCGCCCAAGCAUGAGAGAGGAUGAGCUUUCCAGAGAUGAGCACCCUAAAGGAAGGGUGGUUCCCAAAGAGAAGCAGGCAAGACCCCUUUCUAAUGCCUGUGCUGUUGUUGUAGCCACUCCGGGCAUCACUGGGUGUAAACGUCAGAUGGGCUCACAGACAGAGCAACACCUUAUUCCACUCACUCCUACUUCAGCAGAAGACCGUGACAAACUUAAACCAGGGGAUGAUGUUCAGAUAUACACCCCUACAGGCCCCAAAAAACUCAAACCGAGCCCUCAGCAUCGACCGCCUUCCUCCAGCCCCUCACUUUCUCCUGUUUCGGGUCACAGUCCUGGAGGACUCCCUGCCCUCGAGGACCCACAUGCUCAGCGUGCGAUCGCCAACAUCCGCGAACGCCAGAGGACUCAGUCGCUUAAUGAAGCAUUUGCCUCUCUACGGAAGAUCAUCCCCACACUUCCCUCUGACAAACUGAGCAAAAUUCAGACCCUCAAGUUGGCGUCUCGUUACAUUGACUUUCUGUACCAGGUUCUGCAGAGCAACGAGAUGGACAGCAAGCUUGCCGGGUGCAACUACCUUGCCCAUGAGAGGCUAAGCUAUGCCUUCUCUGUCUGGAGGAUGGAAGGGGCCUGGUCAUCAAUGUCUGCUGGUCACUAGCUCUCUCUAAAUGUUCAUCAAUCUGUGCAGAUAAGGAUUAAUACGAACUGAGACUUUCUGUAAGGCACAUUGACUUUGAACUUUUUGAAUUGUGUGAAUCAUUUAGCCAAAUGUCACUCCGGGUUGCUGUUAUUUGAAUUUUUUAAGUGACCAUUGGGAUAAGGAGGCUAGGACACACGUAA